AUGGCAUCUUUCGCGAGCGUGUUCGCCAGGCAGUCAUGCUAUUCGCGAAUAAUGUCGCUUCAAACGAGCUUUCGUCAAACCUCGGGUCUUCGAAACGUAGUGGCUAGGUCUCCUGGGCGGGGCAUUCACUCCACUCCAGGGACGGGGAGGAGACUAUCAUCCUACAAGGCCUUUGGCGUGGCAGGAGUUGGUUUGGGACUAGUCACGGCAGCAAUGCCUACUGUAUAUUGCGAUGUCUCUGACAAUGAGAAGGCACAACGUCAAGCGGCAGCCUCUCCUCGCGCCGAGCAGCCCAAAUCAUCACUGCCACCGCCACCUUCUUCUGCAAUUAAUGUGUAUGAACUCACCUUCGGCUCGGUAUGCGGUAUUUGCGCAGGCAUCUUCUUGAAGAAAGGAGCAAAGGCCGUCGCAUUCGUUUUUGGAGGGCUAUUUGUACUUCUUCAAUACUUCACCUCAGUCUCCCUCGUACGCGUCGAUUGGGUCAAAAUGGGCUCACGCUUCGAAAACCUGUUCUACAGAACCGACGCGGUGACAGGUGCUCGCAAGGCUCCAUCUAUUGUGUCUCUGUGGACUUGGUUAGUGGACUUCUUGACGUCCGACUUCCAGCCACGCGCGUCGUUUAUCGCUGGCCUUGCGUUGGGUUUGAGGAUCGGAUAG